UCGACCCGAACGUGCGAACCAGCCGUUGGUGAUCGUGUCCUUCCCUCCCCCAACGUUCAGAUAAACUGACGCGUCUUCACCCCUCCCCCUCUUAUCCACUUCGUUUAUCCCACAGUGCCACUAUCCCCCCCCCCCCUCAUCCAUCUUGAAAAACAGAGAACCCAUGGAAGCCUAACGGAUAAGAAUAUGGUGUAGCAGCGGCCAGAGGAAACAAAGUGCCUAUUAUCGAGCCAAGUGGCACUGUGUGUGUGUGUGUCGCGGGCACUCUGAAGGGCACCACGCGCUCGGGGUCAAGGCUGGAGUGCCAGUUAAGCGUGCCAUCGCUGCUUCAGUGGGGGAAGACACUCGCAGAGACCCAACAUGCCCGCGACACGGCCACCAACACACCUGCUGCUGCUCCUCCUGGGGUUCCUGGCCACGUUCACACAGGGCCAGACGCAUGAGGACCAGAACGCCUUGGACUCUGCCUCCUUACCCGUGGAGCACAGAGGAGGAGAUGUCUACGGACCCCCGUUAGGAGUUCCGGGGCCCCACUUUGGAGGUCUAGGGCCACAACUAGGACUCGGCCCACAACUAGGAGGACUCGGCCCACAACUAGGAGGACUCGGCCCACAACUAGGAGGACUAGGGCCCCAACUUGGAAGCUCAGGACCCCUUCCAGCGGGCCCAGAAGAUCAAUGGCCCCUUGCUCAUCCUGAUAUGAACACUGUUAAAAACCUGCAGGUACAAUGUGAAAAGUCUUUCAUGCGAGUCUCCAUAGAAUUCGAUCGUCCCUUCUACGGUAUGAUCUUCAGCAAGGGUUAUUACAGUGACCAGAACUGUGUGCAUGUGCAGCCUGGGUCGGGACGCCUGCAGGCCCAGUUCGACAUCUACCUCAACAGCUGUGGCAUGACCUCCACCGCUAGCAACGCCAACUACGGCCAGCCGACGCCUUCAGGCACCUACAUUGAAAACAUCGUCAUCAUUCAGUUCGACCCCCUGGUGCAGGAGGUAUGGGACGCUGCCAGGAAGCUCAGGUGCACCUGGUAUGACUACUACGAGAAGUCCGUCACCUUCAGGCCCUUCCAGGUUGACAUGCUGAAUGCUGUCACUGCCAACUUCCUGGGUGACAAUUUGCAAUGCUGGAUGCAAAUUCAGGUUGGCAAGGGUCCCUGGGCCUCGGAGGUCUCCGGCAUCGUCAAGAUCGGCCAGACUAUGACGAUGGUUCUGGCCAUCAAAGACGACGAGAACAAGUUCGAUAUGAUGGUGCGUAACUGCGUGGCUCAUGACGGAAAGAGGGCCCCCAUCCAGUUGGUGGACGAGCGUGGCUGCGUUACUCGCCCUAAGAUAAUGGGACGUUUCCAGAAGGUCAAGAACUUUGGUUCAUCAGCCUCAGUGGUGUCAUAUGCAUACUUCCAAGCCUUCAAGUUCCCAGACAGCAUGAACGUACACUUCCAGUGUGUGAUCCAGGUGUGUCGUUACAACUGUCCCGAGCCACAGUGUGAUGGCACUAGUCUGGGAUACCAAGGUGCAGAAAGCAACAAAGUCAACACUUACGCCGGUCUCCCAGAUCCGCGUCACACUAACAAAGUCGGCGUGUCUUCUGACCAGGGUCAGUCUGCUCAACCCAAGUCUGGUGAAAGCAUUUCGUUGGAUAGAGAAGGUGGGCCGAACCCUAUCCCCGUCCCUGUUAGCGUUCCACUUAAAUCUUCGAGUGUAAGCUUCCCUGGAGGUGACAAAGACACUUAUCCUCAAGUCAACCGCCAAGGAGCUCUUGAUAAGGCUGGUCGACCCCGUUCUCUAGCUCACGAAGAUUCAGAAGACGCAGACGCAGAAGAGGAAGAGAGUCGAGUGCGUCGCUCCACAGUGCUUCACGUGUACCGUCGCGCUGCUCAAGAAAUGACAGACGUGGCCACUGCUCGAGUCAUUCAGGUCGUGGCUCCUGGUGAUGUUGCAUUUAAUUUGAAUGCGGCAAAUGAAACCGUAGUCGUUUCAGAGCUACUAGAAGAUGCAUCCAACAUAUGCAUGUCUGCAACUGGUUUCGCCGCAGGCCUUGUCAUGCUAUUGCUUGUGUUGACUAUCGCUUGUCUUGUUGCAUGCUUUCUCUACACGCGAGUGCGAACCUUUAAUGCUAAGGGCGGCGUCACCACCUUUGUGCAGGGUUUCGACAACCCAGAGUUCGUCAAGGUGGCUGGGGGUAACUGAGCCACACCACCACCUCGACCUCCGCACUGUGCCAUAACGCCGCCCCGACACCUGGACGCAAGUGUGUUUGACACCUGCGACCUCCUUGUACUGUUCCUUCACUGCCAGCCAGUGCUGACGCCUUGACCACCGUCGUUGACGCCCGAUGGACGUCUGUGGUGGUGGGCCAGGCAUGGGUGGUGAUGGCCUCUUAAACGGUGGUUCAUUUGUUCUUUGUUAACCGUCAUUUUUCCCCUUAACUGUUUGUUGUGUUCUAUGUUACCUCUAUACUGUGCCUCUUCCCAUUCCUCCACACAGUUCAUGGCUCGAGUAAUGUGGCCUUCAGUCUCGCAGCACAACGUCUCCAUUUGUACGCCUGUGCAGCAACCACUUCCACGAACCUAUAAACACAAGGACUUCUACACCAUCCUAUCUCAGUAACUCAAGCACAUCAAUAGCUUUAUUUUUAAGUUACCAAAGCCCGAGCUGUGUACCAAGCCACGGGGAGACACAGCCGGGGCGGGGUGGUGCCAGAGUUGGCGGUCUCCCCGGAGGACUUGCCAGUCGCUCCCAGACUCGCAUGCUCGCUCCAGUUUCCCAUGGGGUUCUUUAAUAUUAUUCUCUUGUUAUAUAAGUUAACAAAGCUAUUAAUCCCUGGAAUUAGCUGGUCUUGUUCCAUAUUAUUUAUGACCUGUUUUAGCACAUUAAUAUUCAAACUCAGCACCUCAUGAACUCAUCACUUGAGUGUAUAUUAUGACAAGCCAACGAGGAAUGAUGAUUUUCCCUCGCCAGUAGAUAUAUGAUAGACUCACAUAGUGUACAGUUAGCUCUGUGAUCCCCACCACCUUCCUUAACACCCUGCACACUCUCUAGCCUCCACCCGACUCGUUCUGUGCAUCUGGCUGAGAUCUGAGAGAGAUGUGCCAGUGUGUCUGUGAGCAUAGUUUGUGGUAUGAUAUAAAUGGCAUUUUUUAUGGAGCAUUAGUAAGUAGUACUCGUAUGUGUGUUAUUAUUUUCUGACUUGUUUUGAUGGUAAGAGUAACCUUCAUACCACCUGCAGGCCUAGCAGGCAGCCUGCACACCUGCAGGCCUAGCAGGCAGCCUGCACACCUGCAGGCCUAGCAGGCAGCCUGCACACCUGCAGGCCUAGCAGGCAGCCUGCACACCUGCAGGCCUAGCAGGCAGCCUGCACACC